CGCCCUUCCUUCCUUCCCGUCCAUCAGUUUCCCCACCAAAAACUAGGGUUAGGGUUAGGGAGGCGGCGGCUGCUUUAUUCCCGAUGCCGAUCGCCAUGGACACUGGAGGCGCGCCGGAGCCGGAGCCGGAGGAGGAGACCGUCGUCCUCCCUCAUUGGGUGGUGCUGGACCGCAAGGGCAACACCCUCUGCCACAACAGCCUAGAAGCUGCUCGUGUGGCUGUCGACAAGGACAAGACCGCCGCUCCGGUCGACAUGGACGGCGGCCCCUCCUGCUACGUGACCUUCACCCUCGCGGCUCCUCAAAAAGGGAUCUCCUACCUCAACCUCCACUUGCCGGAGGGACCUCCAAUUGCCUUAGACACCCCGCCCGCCUAUGCCUUCCUCCGGGCAACCGACAACAACCUCGUCCUCUUCGACAUCACCAACCCGCAGAAAAAAGUCAAGGAAAUCGUCCUCUUCGACAUCUCCAACCCGAGCCGGAGUUGCUAUCGGGAGCCCCCGGCAGAUCUGUUCGUCUACAAGGCCGGCGGUCCUCGCCCCUCGGUGCAGGGUCUCCCUCCCUUCGCCGAGUACAGUAGAAGGCCGUUCCUGACGGGUGACCUCACCACAGGCAUCCUGCAGCUCGCGGAGGACCACUUCAUUGUUGCCGACCUCAAUGUCUACCCCAAAAGAAAGGGCAUGCGUGCCGAACUCUGCGUCUUCAACUCUGAGACUGGAAAGUGGAAAAUCAUCCCCAAAAUGGACCCGGGCAAUGGCGGCCAGUUCCCCGAACUCUGGUCAACCGACAAUGUGCUCGCUUUCGACGGCCGUUUCCUGUGCUGGGUCGACUACUUCAGCGGUGUCCUGCUAUGUGACUUCUCCAAAAAUAUGGACGCCCCGUCGCUCUGCUUUGUGCCUUUCCUUGGAGGAAAAGAGUACCGUGGUAAGGUACGGGUUGAAAGGUACUUCCCGGACAGAUUCCGAAGUGUGUCCAUCAGCCAAGGCAAGCUCUGCUUUGUCCACAUUGACAAUGACUUCCAUGACAGAGUCCCUGGUCGCUGCCGCCGAUGCCUUGAGCUUCCCGAUAGAAAAAGGCAAGGGCAGCAGCAGCAGACUCCCCAAAAAAUCACAAUUUGGACUUUGAACUCCGAGUUCCAGUGGGAGCUGCACCGCAUGUUCAACCUGGAUUCUCUCUGGGCGCAAGCUGGUUACCGAGAUCUGCACAUACAUCAGCGUCUUCCUGAGUUCCCAACCAUCAGCUUGGAUGACACCGAUGUUCUGUGCUGCCUGUUAACCGAGGAGGAAUUUGAUGGUAAUGGGUGGAUGAUCAUGCUUGACAUGAACCAUGCAUGUCUGCGGUCAUGUGAGUCUGUGGGUAUGGAAGCUCAUGUUAACAGGUUUCCUAAUGUCCCUCUACUCCCAACUGUCUUCUGCAAAUACCUUGAAAGGCCAACAGGCUUACUCAUGCAUGUGGCCAAGUACUCGACCAAUCCUCGGAGCGAAGGGAUGAAGGAAUUCUCGAUGUCUGGUUCAGUGAGGUCAGCAUCACAUGAAACCUUUAGCACUUCCGUUCGUCGGCCUUUGGAUGGAGUAUGGCUGAAAGGGAUGACAUCGGACAAAUACAAGCGUACUCGUCUUUCAGUGGAGCGUAAAAAGCGUAAGCAUAUGCGUGCAAGGGAUGACAUCGGACAAAGACGAGCGUAAAAAUAUGCGCACAAGGUAAAGACCUGGAAUCUGGUGACUGGUGUUGAACACUUUGGCGACGCACAAAUUGAAGAUGAUGCUGCCAGAACCAAGUCAAUAGGGCAACAUUUCUCAUUGAUGUGAUGAAGAUGAUGUGCUCAUGAAUAUCUAUCGAGUAAAUGAAACAUGUAAUCAUAUGCUUAUAAAUUAAAGUUUGAGAUUGAACAUCUUUUCUUUCA